GGCGGCCCGGUCCUGUCCGGAGCUGCGACCGCCGUCCCGCGCCCGGCGGGCCUCGCCGUAGAAGCGAAGCCCGGGACGAGUUUCCCGCCCUGGACCGGAACCACCACCCUGUCGGCGCGCUCGCCACCCGCGGCGGGCCGGACUCGGCUCUGCCUGGCCCGGGCCGCCGGCGCGAGGGGCGGCCGGUGGGGUCCUCGGGGCCGGUGACCCGGAGCGCGGCCCCCGCCCGGCCGCUCGCUGUUUGACCUUGAGCGACUUGAGCGCAGUACGGGGAGUUUCUGGGCUUGCGAGAUGAAAGGAGCCAGCCAGUCUUUAGAGGAUUGUCCUCUAGAUGAAGAUGAAGACACGUUUCAGGGCCUUGGAGAAGAAGAUGAGGAGAUCGAUCAGUUCAACGAUGAUACGUUUGGGUCAGGUGCAAUUGAUGAGGACUGGCAGGAAGCGCAUGAACGUCUGGCUGAGCUGGAAGAGAAACUGCCGGCGGCCACCAGUGAGCCGGCGGGCAACGGGGAGAGGGAUGAGAUGGACCUGCUCGGGGACCACGAGGAGAACCUGGCCGAAAGGCUCAGCAAGAUGGUGAUCGAGGGCGAGCUGGAAGACCCAGCCAUCAUGAGGGCCGUGCAGACCAGGCCGGUUUUGCAACCACAACCAGGAAGUCUGAAUUCUAGCAUCUGGGAUGGAUCCGAAGUUCUGAGGCGAAUCCGAGGUCCACUGCUUGCUCAGGAGACGCCCACGGUGUCUGUACUAGAGUAUGCCUUGCCUCAGAGGCCCCAGCAGGGCCCAGAAGACGAGCGGGAUCUCUCUGAGCGUGCACUGCCGCGGCGGUCAACGUCACCUGUCAUCGGGAGUCCCCCUGUGCGAGCCGUCCCCAUAGGCACCCCACCUAAGCAGGUGGCUGUGCCCAGCUUUAACCAGCAGAUUCUGUGUCCGAAGCCCGUCCACGUCCGGCCCCCAAUGCCACCGCGUUAUCCUGCUCCCUAUGGCGAGAGGAUGUCUCCAAACCAGCUCUGCAGUGUCCCGAACUCUCCCCUCCUGGGCCCCCCUUUUCCCAGUGCUGCGCCUGUUCUCAGCCCCCUGCAGAGAGCGCAGCUCCUUGGCGGAGCUCAGCUACAGCCUGGACGGAUGUCGCCCAGCCAGUUUGCACGGGUUCCUGGAUUCGUCGGGAGCCCACUUGCUGCCAUGAAUCCCAAGCUGCUGCAGGGGCGAGUUGGGCAGAUGCUUCCCCCAGCUCCAGGCUUCCGUGCCUUCUUCGGUGCCCCGCCCCCCGCCACGCCACCUCCACAGCCUCACCCUGCCGCCUCAGGCCCUCAUCUGCAAACCCUAAGCAAGAAAGAAAAACAGGUUCGGGACAAGAGAAGAAAAACACUUGUCAUAAUUGAGAAAACUUAUAGUUUACUCCUGGAUGUGGAAGAUUAUGAAAGGCGCUAUCUCCUGAGUCUCGAAGAGGAGCGGCCUGCCCUGGUGGAUGAAAGAAAGCACAAAAUUUGUGGCAUGUACGACAACUUGCGGGGCAAACUGCCUGGCCAGGAUAGGCCCAGUGACGACCACUUCGUCCAGAUCAUGUGCAUCCGAAAAGGGAAGAGAAUGGUUGCCCGCAUCCUCCCUUUCCUCUCCACAGAGCAGGCUGCCGACAUCCUCAUGACCACCGCGAGGAACCUCCCUUUCCUUAUUAAGAAGGAUGCCCAGGAUGAGGUCCUGCCGUGCUUACUGAGCCCCUUCUCUGUCCUCCUCUAUCACCUGCCAUCAGUGACUGUCACGAGCCUCCUGCAGCAGCUAAUGAACCUACCUCAGAGUGCAGCCGCACCCGCGCCCUGCAGUGCUCACCUCGCCGCUGUGCUCCAGAACAAGUUUGGCCUCUCACUGCUGCUCACGCUCCUGAGCCGGGGGGAAGACCUGCAGCGCCUGGAGCCCGCCACGGAGCCUGCACAGCGUGACCAGUGGACGGAGGUGAUGUUCAUGGCCACCAGGGAGCUCCUGCGGAUUCCCCAGGCGUCCCUGGCCAAGCCCGUCUCGAUGCCCGCCAACCUGGUGUCCCUUUUUUCUCGCUACGUUGACCAGCAGAAACUGAACUUGCUAGAGACAAAGCUGCAGCUGGUCCAGGGGAUCCGGUGAGAGCUCUGGCUGAGACCCUACCUCCUGCGGCUGCCGCCUGCACUACUGCCGCCUGCCCACCGAGGCAGGGAGAGGCACCUCCCAAGCAGACGCAUAGGCUGGCUCCAGGCCUGGGCUUGCGGGCUCUGGGCAGUGUGGCCUUCGGGCGGCUUUUCCGCUGGUCUCUGUACCCUCUGUUUCCUUUCUGCAUGUCCUCCCCUCACUUGGCUCUUCAUGGUGUUGUGAUUCUUUGCCCUAGAGCUACCCAGGAGACACCCCCUGUAUCCACCACCUGCCCACCUCCCCAUAGAGCACAGCCUUCUGAGGGAGUCCUUCCCUCACACCGCUGAAGACGCUGUCCUGUACUGAGCUAACUUCAGGAGAGCCAGUCGAGUAGACCUCAAGGCAGAUUCGUGCACCCACGCCUGUGCGACAUCUUGGUUUCAGCCCCUGGAAGGAGUUUUAGGUCGGAGAGUCCUCAGUGCCGCGUACCUCCGCUGAACACAGUGCCAGCAGCCUCGCUGUUCUCCUGGGGCUCCUCCUCGCAGCCCAGGUCCAGGGCACGCAGCACUUUGAAUGAAAUCCAUACAUGGCUGCUGCCCACUCUAGGCCAGAGGUCCUCCUCCUCCUCCUGCCCAGUGUCCCUUGUCUAUCCCCCCUCAGCAGGAACAGCCACUUCUUUGGCUCCAGUACAGCAGUAGCAGCCUCAUCCCCUCCCCAGCGUCCCCAGAACCCGCUCCACCCUGUCACCACUGUGUCUGUCACUCGUCCCCCUACACAGCAACAAGGAUGGGGCUCAGAUCCCUGCUGGCCCCAGCCUGGAGAAGCCGACUCCCAGAUUCACCCUCACAGCCAUCCCGACCUCAGUCCUGCUGCCCUUGCCUUUCGAAUGUCGUGGGGUUGGGCUGGCUCCCGCAGGAGUGAUUGUCCUCCCUCCGUGAUACCAGCCAGCUGCCCUCCCAGCCCAGCUCCACCAGCAUCCCAGCCGCCUCGUGCCCUGCGACAGCUACUGACUCCCGCCCUCGCGGCUCCCCCUCGCAGCCUAUCAGGUGAACACUUGAUCGGCGUUUUUUCCUGACUGUGCUUUAUCUUGUUUGGUUCUGAUUAAUGAAAAUAAAGGUUUCUAAAUUUACAUUUUUAUAGGGUAUUGUAAAUAAAAACAAAUUGUAUA